GCUGCGCCGAGGUUCUCCUCCAGCUGGACUGAAGAAGCGAUGCUGCUGCUGGUGUCAGAGCGCCGAGGCUGAGGUGAUGGAGAGCGCACUCGCAGCUGCCCAGUCUCUCUAAUACAGCGCGUUUAACAGCGCCUCUUCAUAAGGAUGGACGGCAAUGUCUUCCCCGACCAAGAGCAGCUGCUGGUUUUCCUGAAAAAGCUCAAAGAAGUGUUCGACGUGUGCGACGAGGACGCAGACGGAUAUAUUCGCGUUGAGCACUUCGUGCACCUCGGUCUACAGUUCGGCCAAGGAGAUGAAGUGAAGAAGUUUGCCAAGUACCUGGAUCCCAAUGCUCAUGGCAGAAUUAACUUCAAAGAUUUCUGUCAUGGAGUGUUUGCAAUCAAAGGCUGUGAGGAGAUCCUGAAAUCAGCACUUGGGACCCCCAACAUCAGUGCACAACCAUACCAGACGGACAAUGGCUACUACUAUCAGCACGGGGAUGGGAGUCUGGGACCCCCGAUCAUUGUGUGCACGCGGCCAUACCCAGAGUGCCAGCUGUAUUCUGAUGAGGAAGCAAUGGGCGGACGGGACGUGCAGGAGGCAGACAUGGACAGUGCAGGAGACAGCGGGGCAGGGUCUGAAUCUUCUGAAGGAGGACGUCAUGAUGAUAAAGAAGAAGGACUGGGUGGACUCUUUCUACGUGGAAACAGCUGUGGUCAGAUGGUGUCGUCAGCAGCCGCUUCAGUAAUCUCUGUGGAGGAGCAGUUUGAGGACUAUGGAGAGGGAGAAGAUGUGGACUUCACUCCCAGCAGCCCCAUCCCUGAUGAUGACACACGUACCAAUGGUUUCUCUGACUUGGGCUCCUCUCUGCCCUCCAGUGCUGGCCAGACCCCUCAGAAGAUCAGGCACCUGUACAACAGCGAGCUUCUGGAUGUUUACUGCUCUCAGUGCUGCAAGAAAGUCAACCUGCUCAAUGACCUAGAGGCCAGACUCAAGAACCUCAAAGCUAACAGCCCAAACAGGAAAAUUUCCAGUACAGCAUUUGGUCGUCAGCUCUUCCACCACAGUAACUUCAGCAGCAGUCAGGGCAGCACAGAGGACCUGUUCAGAGACAGCAUCGACUCCUGUGACAUUGACAUCACUGAAAAGGUGAGUUAUUUGGAAAAGAAGAUAACAGAGCUUGAGAACGACAGUCUGGCUAAUGGAGAUUUGAAAUCCAAACUUAAACAGGAAAACACACAACUAGUUCACAGGGUACAUGAGCUGGAGGAGCAGAUCAAAGAUCAGGAGACGCGUGCAGAGCAAUGUUUAGAGGAGGAGCUGAAGAGACACAGAGAGGCCUACAGUAAGAUGGAGAGAGACAAGAGUACUGAGAUUGAAAUGCUUAGUAACAGGGUCCAGCAGCUAGAAGAGGAGAACGCAGAGAUGAAAGUGAAUGUGUGCAGACUCAAGUCUCAAACUGAGAAACUGGACCAGGAGAAGCAACGUAUGACAGAUAAACUGGAAGACACAAGCCUGCGUUUGAAGGAUGAGAUGGAUCUGUACAGGAAAAUGAUGGAUAAACUUUGGCAGAACAGACAUGAGUUUCAGAAGGAGCGAGAGGCCAUGCAAGAGCUGAUUGAGGACCUGCGGCGUGAACUGGAGCACCUCCAGCUCUUUAAACUGGAGGCUGAGAAGCCCGGCCGUGGCCGUAACGCUGCGGGACUGUCCGAGUACAACGCCAAGACUCGAGAGAUUGAACUGGAGCAUGAAGUGAAACGGCUUAAGCAGGUUCUGGCUUUGCCAAACCCACUUAAACAGUUGCCGGGCAACUGUGCCGGUCCUGCCUGGAGAGAGUGCCAAGCUGUGCGUGGAGCCAUGUGGGUCGUGUUAUAG